AGAAGAAGUUUGAGAGCUCGAAUCGCAGGUGCUGCAAACACCAGUGAAGAUUGAAGUGAAGCUGCUGGAUUGCAGGAACCUGAUGAAGAUGAGAGGAGAAAUUAAAGUAGAGGAAGAACAGAAUAAUGAAGAUGAUGAUCAAACCUCAACGGAGUCUCUGGCUUCUGUCAGUAAUGCUGGAGAACAGCAGGUGCUGCAGACACCAGUGAAGAUGUGUUCAGUGAAGCUGCUGGACUGCAGGACCCUGAUGAAGAUGAGAGGAGAAAUCAAAGUAGAGGAACAACAGAAUAAUGAAGAUGAUGAUCAAACCUCCUCAGAGUCUCUGGCUUCUGUCAGUAAUGCUGGAGAACAGCAGAUGCUGCAGACAACAGUGAAGAUUGAAGUGAAGCUGCUGGAGAUGAGAAGAGAAAACACAGCAGAGGAACAACAGGGAGAUGCAGAUGAAGAUUACUUUAUUCCUUCAGAGAUGAUGGAAGUGAAAGAGGAAAGUCAAGAGCUGAAUGAAGUGGAGGAGAAACGUCUGUAUCAGAAUCAUCAUGAUUUCACAACUGGAGAGAAAUCUAAGAAUAAUUUACCACCAGAAAAGCCUCAAGGAAAAGCAUCCAAUAAUACUUUUAACUGCUCACAGUGUGGAAAGAGUUUCAAAUAUAAAAGUCAGCUUAAUACCCACAUGAGAGUUCACACAGGAGAGAGGCCUUACACGUGCCAUCAGUGUGGAAAAAGUUUUGCAUAUCCAGUCGAUUUUAAGAAUCAUCUCCGCUAUCACACUGGAGAAAGACCAUUUGAAUGUGAUCAGUGUGAGUUUUGCACACCUGUCCUAUUUUAA